UUGCAAAAGAUAGGCUAAAAAUCAUUUUGUGGUACAAAAUAUGGCUAGUUAUCAAAAUUUCCCCUCCCCAACGCCGCGAGCUCCACCUCCCUCCCUCCGUCGUGUCCGUCUGUCAAAUGCAUAAUUCGGUUCAUAAAUUUCAGAAAUCCUCCAUGAAAAUCUUUCAAGCUUUCGGAUUUGCUUUCCAAAAUUUUGAGAACUGAGUUCAGUUCGAAUCCCAGCCCCACAAAAACUCAGCUUGCUGAGACAAAUUGGGAAUCUGUAAUUUUCCCUUUCCAGAUUUUUAAGAAUUGGGUGGAAACCCAGAAGAAGAAGAAUUGAAGGGAAUGGAGGAUUCAUAUUCUGUGUGCAGCCCCAGAAGAAUCCUGAGUGUGUCAAAGAAGAGGAGGGCAACUGUGUCAUUUGUGGAUCCAGAUGAUAAGGCUUCUGGGUUUCAUGGCCCCAAGCCUUCUGAAGUCUAUGGCUUUGUUGGUUCCAUCACUACUGUUGUGGCUACAGUUAUAUUCUUGGUGUGGGCAUAUGUUCCAGAGUCUUGGCUGCUUUCCAUUGGGAUCUUUUACUAUCCCAGCAGGUAUUGGGCAUUGGCCGUGCCAGCUUACGCUAUGAUGACUUUGGUAUUAGCACUGGGGUUUUACUGUGGCCUCAACUUCAUGUCCACCCCUCCCCCUUCUAGCUUAUAUACUGUUUACGUUAUGUGUGACCUUCCAUUUUCUUUUGCAGAUGAAUUCAGUAGGGAUCCUUUGAGCUCUGCUCCAAUUGGUGACGAUGAUCAGCCCAUAGAACCCAUAUCCGAUAUCAGCAUCGACAGAGUCAAUCGUUCCAUGUUUAAAUAACACGAGCAACCUUGGAGGGAAUGGCAACCUGUACCCAACUCUCUAAUAUUUUACCCAGGUGCUGUAUUGCUUUCGAAUUAAUUGAUUCUUUGGUUGAGCAAAAGGCAGUCCAUUGCUUACAGCAGAGGAAUACGCCUAAUGGAACAGGAAAAACUAGAAAACAGAGUUUAGCUGCAACCGGCUAGGGCUCGGUGAAUGCUUGCGUAUAAUUUCAUUCAUUUUUGCUAUCUUGGUCACAAAUGAAAUUGAUUCCCAAUUGUAUCGUCAAAUUUAUCGUCAAGUUUGAAGAGACAAGGCAUGAACAAGAGAAAUUCUUAUAUGCAUUCAGCGUUACAAGAGGCUUUGGCAAA